ACAUGGGAGGCCCCCAUGAAUGGACUCUCCUGCAAACCUUCAGCCUGGAAUGUGGACCCUGCCUAAAAAGGACACAGAUAGGUGACUUGCUCAUGUGACAAACUGCGUUAUCACUGUGUGUUUCCACAGAGCCAUGGGAGUUCCUCCUGCUGGCCUAGGACAUAAACAGGACUUGGCUUCAGCCCAGCUUCUCCUCUCUGGAGGAUCUUUGCUGCCAUCGGAAGCGUGAGAAACGGACUGAUGACCCAUCCCAACAGCAGAUGUAUUGCUGAGACCUGAUUGAACUCUCCUAUCAGCCUACACCAAGAACUUUGGAAUUGGUGUGGCCCCGGCUGUCUGAUGAAUGCUGAGGAGUGGUCUGGGAUGGAUAACAAGGAGUUGGAGGCCGAGAUCCACCCUCUGAAGCGGGAGGAUGGAAACGCCCCAGAUAACCCUGAGAACUGCACAGAGAAAGAAGGUGCCUGCAGGAACGGCACCCGCUUGUCACAGCUCUCUCGCUGGCGCACGGCUGCCUUCUUCCUCUCCUUAUUCCUGUGCCUGAUUGUGGUGUUUGCCUUUUCGUUCAUCAUCCCGUGUCCAGUGAGGCCUGUUUCCCAAAGGACGUGGGACAGAAAAUACAGCAGUGCGGUGACCUACAAGUUUCUGGCUGUAGAAGACGUGAACGAAGACAAAGUGCAAGAUGUGAUCUUCGUUUUCAAAGAUACCAAUGGCAGCAGCGCUUUCAAUGGCUCCUGCUCGGAUGAAGGCCUUUCCGCUCCAUGUGCCUUCGUAGCUGCUGUCUCAGGCACCAAUGGCAGCACGCUCUGGGAGAGGCCUGCCACCGAAGACUUGCUCUGGAUGGAGUGUGCCAUUGAGAAGCUGGACGGGGCUGAGUCUCCGGGCUGCCUUGUCAUCGGGAACCCGGAGUUACUAACCGCAAUCGACCCUCGCUCAGGGAAAGUUCGAUGGAGACAGUUUAACAAUUUUGGAGCUAAUUAUACUGUGGUGACUCCCUUGCUGAAGAUGCCCGAUGUGGAUGGGGACGGUUUCCAGGACCUGAUGAUCUUUGCCACUGCAGGAGAUGAGACUAAGAGUGUCCUGUAUUCGGGGGAGAGUGCCUACUACGUUCUCUUCUACUCGGCGGACUCUCUUUAUGGCUACCCCGUGAAGGAUCUCUACAGCAUGGCCACUGGGACGGAAAGUCGCCUCGCCGGCCUCCGGCACGAUCCUCAGUGGGAGAAGAAGAUCCAGAGCCCCACACGUCACAUCCCUCUGCGCAGCUCUGGAGACGUUCGCUACCUGGUGAAGGUUCCCGGGCGAGCAGGGGAGAAUCUCUUGGUUGUGAAGUCCGAUGUGGCUGAGCUUCUUGACGGACAAACGCUCGACUCCCUGUGGACUGUCAACGCCUCCCACGUCCUGAGCGAGCCGGUGUUCGGUUACUACACCCCCGACGCUCCCCACGUCGUCCUGGAAAGCGGACUUGGCCCCCACAGGAAGAAGGUCAUGAUUAUCGAGGGUGGCUCUGGAGCAGUCCGCUGGGAGCAGGAGCUGAAUUCCGGCGCUGGGAGCCCAGGGCCAGCCACGCUGCACACCGCGGAUCACCGCUCCGUGUUCCUCUUCUGGGGAGAGCACCCGGCAGAGGCCAACGACACGGUCAUGAUUAUCGAGGGUGGCUCUGGAGCAGUCCGCUGGGAGCAGGAGCUGAAUUCCGGCGCUGGGAGCCCAGGGCCAGCCACGCUGCACACCGCGGAUCACCGCUCCGUGUUCCUCUUCUGGGGAGAGCACCCGGCAGAGGCCAACGACACGGGCUCCCCGGCGUCUCCCCAGAACCUGUAUCUGUUCCACCCCUCCUACCCCAAUGCUCUCCUGGAGCUGCGCAAUAGCUCCGAGCGGAUAGUCGCCUUUGACGCGGUGCUGUUCGAGCGGAGCCGGCACGCCUGCUAUGUGUUGCUGACGGGGCCGCAGAGCAGCGAGGGGCCGGGCUGGGUGUCCGUCGCCAAGCGGAAGCUGAAAGAAGACGUCUCCGGCAGCCGGGUGAUCUGGCUGAGCCAGGAGACGGGGCACAGCGAGCAAUCCAUCAAGGACCGCAUCUUCCGCAUGCGAUUCAGCAGCCAGCUGUGAGCUCUCGGGAGCCCCAGGGAGCCGGCUCUGCACCGGCCGCCGGGCUGCAGCAACGGACGCGUGAAACCCAGAUCUCGGACUCCAUGGCAAGUGGCUGUUCUUGGUCCGCAAGCCGGAGGCUGGCUGCUGAGAGAAGCCACAGCAGACCCCCGGGAGCCUGCAGAGCCUGGGCAUCCCAGCGCCCGCACACCCAGCCUCUGCACUGAUGGGGCUUUGCCCCCGGCUGUCACGGAAGUGCCACCACGGCCAGCUGAUCUGGCUUGCUCCCACUGGGCGCCGCAGGGCGCCGCUCAGCCGGGCUACCCUCCAGACGCAGGCCCGGGGAGGGCAUGGCGGGGCGCCAGAGGGAGGUGUCUUGCUCUCCUCUGGGUGUUUGCAGGGAGGGAGGGGCUGUGCGCCGGGAGGGGGGGGUUUCUCACAGGGGCGUGUGCAGCUAUUUUUCUUUCCCCGUUGCCCGUGUAGAGAGCGGGACUGUCCCCAGCCGGUGUUUUGGCUCGUUUCAGAGCCUGGCCCAGGCCGCUGAGGGAGCCGGGCGGGGCUCCGGGCCAGGAGAGCUACAGACUCGGGCAGUCCUGCUCUGACAGCGCCUUAGAAUCUGUGGCCCCUCCUUUUCCAAGCCGCCUGCUCCCCUGUGCUCCCAGAGGCGGCCGGGCCUGCUGCCCACAGACGCGCGUGCUGCUUGGCCCCGCGUUGGCCCUGUGCCACUGUGCGGAGGGCGCCUGACUCGGCUCCUCUCCACUCACCGGGCGCAGAGCUGGAGCGAAACUGCAGACGGCGGAAGAGCCAGGACAUGCCCCGCCGGCUGCCCCACCUCAGGCGCCGGCGCACUCUGCAUGGCUCGAGUGCCUGGCGCCCGCGGUAGAGCUGCCCGCGUCCCUGGCUGGGGAGGCUGGGGGUGCUGAGGCGAGCCCGCGGAGCACUGCCCCACCGAGUCAGGCCAGGCAAGGCCCUUGCCAAAGCCUAGCCAGGCCUGACUCCGGGACCCUGCUCUGUGCGCUGGCGGAGCAAGCAGCCGUGGGGGGUCCCUUGGGCGCUGUGUGCAGAGGAGCAGGGGGCCCUCGGCCGGCUGGCGGGUCAGGGUGCGAGGAGGGGCUAGGCGCUGAGGCAGGGCCGUGCUCGGGCACCGCGGGGCAUGGGCGGUGCCGGAGCGGAGGCCGUGCAGGGCAGCCGAGGUGCCUGUGGUGGCUUCCUCCGCCCCCGCGUGCUGCACUGCGACUCCAGCUGGGCCACGCGCGGCCAGCCCCUCGCCCUCGGGAGCAAGUCCAGGCACCGUCACCCCUGGGCAGCCGCUCCGGCGGGAUUGACCUCGCGGGGGGGGGCUCUUCGCGCCCUGGGCUCCUGUGAGCUCAUCUGGUUGGCGGGUGCCUCAGUGCUCGCUGGGAGGGAGCCGCAGGGGCACCGUGGCUGCUCGGCGCGGUGCAAGGGGCAGCUUUGCGGGGGGCUGGGGCCUGGAUCCCCUGGACGUUCCCCUUCGGCCAGACAGUCUGCGGAACCGUCGCUGCUGGAGGCGGAGCCGGGGUCGUGUCUCUGCUCUGGCUCCGGCUCCCAUGGGCCGCCCCCCCUUCCGGGGCUUGGUCCCCAUGUCAGUCCCUGCUUGUCCCCUCGGCCCGGGUGCCUCCCUGCACAGCAGCCGUCCUGGCCUGCCUCCUGCUGGCGGUGCUGGGCAGCUGCGAGCCAGGAUACCGCCCUCCCCAUUCCUGGCUUGCUGAGAUUCGGCUGUGUGGGCUGCGCCGCGCCUUGGACAAAGCGUAACCCCGCAGCCUGCACCUCCGCGGGGCUGCUCCUCCGCCGCUGAUUGGAUCUCCCUGGCCGUGCUGGAAGCAGCACGUCUGCCGAGGCCACGCUUGGUGCCUCAGGCCCAUGUUGUGCAUGAGCAAUCCCUGCUCUCUGCGUUUUCCCUCUUCCUUCCCAGCCCCCUGCGCAGCUCCCCCCUUCCGGCCGACUCCCUGCCCGCUGCCGCAGGGUCUGCGCCUCAGGAGACUCUUCUGGCUUUCAGUUCCUCUGUGAACACGUUCCCUGACCACCCGGAGUUGCAGGUUCCCGUUAGCAAUGUCCGGCCACGCUCGCAGCCUUGUAACGAUGCAGCGGCUCCUUUCCGGCUGCUUCCCCACCAUGUCUCUGUUGUUUUCGCGCAGUGUGGAAUGGGUGGGGACUGGCAGAAAGCGCUGGGCACGUGAACGGUGUUUUCGAGCGCUCGCGGCGGCGGUCUUGGUCCUUAAUUUAUUGCAAAUGUUCUGUCCGGGGUGUGGCCUGUGAUGAUUCAAUAAACCCUCUUUGACAUUGUUUGUAAACAGCGCUCUGCUUCUGCCGCUGCCCCGGAUGUACCAGCUGGGCUCAGGCCACGGUUGCCAGAUGGUUUCGACAAAAAAACCGGACACACUUGACAUUCCAUCACAAUCGACAUUCCACCUGAUCUAGAAAACAGCGGCCAGUUCUGGUUUCUCCUUUCUAGUCUCUCAAUUUGUUUCCCGAACAGAAAGCUCAAAUACUGGACUGUCCGGUCAAAACUGGACACCUGGCAGCCGUAGGCCAGGCCCUUCGGGUUUGACAGAAGAGUGAAAAGUGAUGGAACAGCUCCUGAAACAAGAGGGCUCCUGUUAGAGUAGCAAUCUCCCCCCACACCCACUGUGGAGUUAAUCUUGCUUGUGUCAUCUGCUCGGCCGCUGCUGAGAGAGGGGCCCAGCCAUCUGGGCCCGUCGCGCUCCACAGACCCCUCGGCAGCAUGUCCUGGGACUGACCAGACGUGGGAAGCGAGUGUUCGGCCCUUUCCCGGGAGCAGUGGAAUUAAUCUGCCUUGCUGGCUCUUUGGGGGCCGGGGCCUACGACUGGGGGCAGGGCCCGUUCCAGCGGCUUGUGCCACCGAGCUGGCGUGUUUUUUGCGUGCUUGUUUUUCCCUCUAGAUCUCCUCGGACCACAUGCGUUCCCCAAGUGGCCCCAGAUCCCGUGAAAUCCCCAACUGGGGAAGCUCUUACGUUGGUUUAACCGCUCUGGCCACUGCAGUAUGUGGACACAGCCUUCGAUAUCCCUGGCACCCGCAUUGGGCACCUCCGUGGUCUCCGGCGGCCACCCUCUCCCGGAAGCGGCCAGGCGUGUGGUCUGUAACGAGCGCUCCUGCCUCCACAAUGUUCGUU